GGUAUGGGAAAUCAAAUGUGAAGCGAGUGGGGUUUAUAAAAGGCGAGGUGGUUCAUCGAGUGAUGGGUUAAAAGAAAAUCAACAAGCUAUUUGUGGCCUGCCGCUUCGCACACCAGAUACAGACAAACCAGCAUGGAGGCGCUUCUUUUUCUAUUUCCUCAAUUUAACUACAUGGCCCCAAAGGAGGAAGCGUAUUUCAAAAUGCUUGGUCCAGAAGACUUUCAGGCACCAAAGAUGAAGGACGAUACUAGCAGACAGAAAGACAAGGACAGGAAGAGCCGACUAAGCCUUUUUCUCACCAAGUCAGGCUCUCAUGAAAACGUCAGUCCCCAUAAAAAGACAGAUACGACAUCCAGCAACAUUUCAACAGAAGCAGCUUUGCAAUGGAGCGACUCCUUUGAAGAAUUGCUGAAGCACUCAGAUGGGGUGAAAAGCUUCUCUCAGUUCCUCAGGACAGAGUUCAGUGAGGAAAACAUUGAGUUCUGGUUGGCCUGUGAAGAAUACAAGACCAUUGAUUCAGACACGAAGAUGCUGUCCAAAGCCAAAUAUAUUUAUACGGUUUAUAUCGAUUCCGAGGCCCCUAAAGAGAUCAACAUUGACCACAACACCAAGCUAGCCAUUCAGAAGGUCAUAGCACAGCCCACAAAGAGCUGUUUCGAAGCGGCCCAGAUGAAAGUCUACAGCCUGAUGAAAAAGGACUCCUACCCCAGGUUCCUCCACUCUGACAUUUAUCUGCGUCUCACCAGGAGGAAAGGCCCGGGGGCCACCAUGUUUCGCAGAAGGUCACGCUCCUGUGUAUUCAACGACAGGGGUGAGGCCACAACUGAACCUUUGGCCUGGUAGUGGUGGGUUAACAUUGCAGGGUUAGUCGUUCACUCAGAUUAUUGUAUAGGAGGUAAUCCGUGAUUAGCAGCACAACUUUUGAAAUGCAAUGUGUGGUUCAGAGGUUUAUAAUCCCCAGGUCUGCUUCUGCAGUGUGUUAUUUUUUGAUAACCACUUACAUAAUACCAUGGCAGCUUGCCAAUUAUUAACAAUUUAAAGAAAUAGUUCUAGAUUUUGGGAAAUACUCUCAUUUGCUUUUUUGCAGAGAUGAGUUGAGAAGCUUGAUACCACUCUCCUACUACACAGAUGUAUCGUCUUAUCAUCUUCUUCUCUUCCCUGCAAGAAAGUGUAUAAACGUAUUUCCCAAGAUAUCAAACUUUACUACACAGCUGGAUAACAGCUGACACCAUUAGCCUUUUCAGCCAAAAGAGUAGGUUUAGAAAUGUUCUGAGGCCACUAUGUCAGAGCCGUGUGGUUAUCUGAACAUAAUGGACACCCUCUGGCCAAUCAGAACUGAGUGUUCUCUUUGGCCAUGGUAUUAAACCAGAGUAUUCACUUCGCACAUAUGGAACAAUAUAUUCAUUCUCCUUCUCUGAGGCACUGCACUGCUUGUGGAUUGAACCGUUAUUGAUGAUUUUUACAUUUCCUCAAAUCUUGCAAAACUUGAAUGACAGUGGGAAGGUUUGGGACAGAAUCUCAGCUGCAGAGCCUCCAUGUCACUGACAGUAUCCAUCCAGCCGAACAGGCGGCCACACUGAGGCCACUCCCCUUACUUCAGACACAUUACACUUCACUUCAAUUGCUUUGUCUUCCAGUCCAAAAAUAGCACCUUAUCCCACCUUAAUACAGUUGAUUUGGCAUACAAGCUAAUUUGACCGUACCUCAUUAAAAUGGACUCAUGCUUUUUGUCCCUCGCACUGUCCAACCCCCUCCAGGCGAACUUGCAGAGAAAGCCUGCAGCCACGGUGAUUGCAAAGCACUGAAACUUUUUUAAUGAGCGAUAUAUAUCUCUCAUUUCUGUUUAUGAAUUCAAAUGUAUCCCAUUUUCACACUCAGAAAAUGCAUAUAUCUUAUUUGAAUACUAAUAUGACAUUAUAUUAAUUAUAAUUGCUCUUUUUCAGUUUGCUUUCAUCUGAUAUAAUUUAUGUAUUAUUAUGCUCAUAUGUGUUGCCUUGCUGUUGUAAAAUGUACAUACUAAACUCAAAUAAACACUUUCUUA